AUUCCGUCUUCAACAAUGACUCCCUUCUGCCUCCUCCACCUCCUCCUCCUCCUCUUCUCACCCGCCUUAGCCUCCACCACUGCCACCUCCACAACCCCUUACCCUCCCAUCCCCGGAAUUGGUUCCACCACUGAUUGUGGCCUAUCCGGAGGAGACGAGAAUCCGGUUCCCAUCCGUCGCGAAGUCUACGGUGACGGCAAGAUAUUCGACAUCAGCCAUAGGUACACCGUCGACAUGCCCUCAUGGGAAUCCAAAGACGGAAUAGGACAGUUCCUUUGGUUGCCUAAAAGCAUGAAGAACGGUUCCCUCGCAAAUAAUUCGGAGAUGAAACUUCCCACUCACACCGGCACCCACCUUGACGCUCCCGGACACGUCAUCGAUCGUUACUUCGAUGCCGGCUUUGAUGUCGAUACCCUCGAUUUGGAAGUACUUAAUGGCCCAGCGCUGUUGAUUGAUGUUCCAAGGGAUAAAAACAUAACUGCUGAGGUUAUGGAGUCUUUGAAAAUACCCAAGGGAGUACGCAGAGUUAUUUUCAGAACCUUAAAUACUGACAGGCGGCUAAUGUUUCAAAAAGAGUUCGAUACAAGCUAUGUGGGGUUUAUGAAGGAUGGGGCAGAGUGGUUGGUUAAAAACACUGACAUCAAACUUCUUGGAAUCGAUUACUUAUCUGUUGCUGCCUUUGAUGAUUUGAUUCCAUCUCAUUUAGUUUUCCUGGAAGGGCGGGAUAUUAUUCUUGUGGAAGGCCUAAAACUUGAUGACGUCCAGCCCGGAAUAUAUUCGGUUCACUGCUUACCUUUAAGACUGCUUGGUGCUGAAGGAUCACCAACAAGAUGCAUUCUCAUCAAAUGAUGUAUUCUCCUUGCAACGACGAUGCUAAGGUGAG